AUGUCUGCCAAACAAGACAGCGUGGAUGCAUAUGGACGCGUCCAACCUCACCCCUUGACGCGACUCGAUGGCAAUCCGGACGGAAAACUUAGUUCCCAAGGGCUGAGUCUCAUAUUUCAGCUGCUCGACGUGUUGGGAGAGCGAGCGGAGGUGUGCGAGAACAUGAUCAGAGAGAAGAAAACUGAAAUCUCGGACGAGCAGCUGGAGGUCUGGGAGGAUUUCAUCGAACAGCAUCGAACAGUGGCUGUCAACGCAACCAACCAGCUCGAUUAUGCGAAGUCGUAUCUUGGGAAGACAGGACUGCAAGCAGGGGAGAAAGAUGCACUGCAAUGGUAUCAAAGCAUGCUCGAUGAACAUCGAGCAAGAAUCAGGGCCUAUGAGAGUGGUCGGACGAAGGCCAAGCCCGUCAAGACGAAGCCCACCAAGGGGAUCAGCAAGCCGAAGCUCACCAAGGGGACCAGCAAGCCUGAGCCCAGCGAGCCUAACGAACUUCAGCCUUUGCAGAGGCUGGGCCCAAAGGGAUGGUCAACCGAGAAAACCAAGGCUGAGGAGUUGCUCGAUGCCUUUACGGCGCCUGCGCCUCGGCCCUGGCUUGCCCCGGAGUAUGAACUGCACAAGUUGUAUGAGAAGGCCGUAGAGCAAAGGAAAAAGGGGAUACCACUGGCCGAGGCGGAUCGACGCGAAUUUGAACGUGUGCUCCUAAUGUGGGCCGCCUCGGUCCAAGGAGCACGCUUCACGCUGAAUUUAGCAAAAAUCGAGCUCGGAAAGCUCAACGCAGAAGAAGAAAACAUCACUAAAAUGUAUGAAGAGAGGCUAGUAACACCUGAGCAGAAUUUGCCCAGCUUUUUUGGAAUUAAGAAGGACUUCGACACCUGGGUGGCCGAGAGUCAGGCGGCCCUACAGGCGGCCCAAGAGCAGGCGGCCCAAGAGCAGGCGGCCCGGGAGCAGGCGGCGGCCCGGGAAGAAGCGGAGCGAAAGAAGGCAGCCGAGAAGGAGGCCCGUCAGCGAGAGCAGGACCGGAAGCUAAAGGAGCUCCAGGAGGAGUUAGACCGGCAACAUGCAGCCGCUGACAAGGAAUAUGCGGACUGGAAGAAGAUACUGCUGGCGGAGGAGAAGAAGAAGGCGGCGGCCGUUGGAGGAGGCCCCGAAUUUACCACUCUAUCCACUCGCGGCGAUGGAUAUUGUGGUCUACACGCGAUCAGACUGAGCAUGGAGGCACAACACCCCUCGAUAUCUCCUCCCACGAGAGACGAACUGCUUGAUGUCCUCAAAGACGACAGUGAACGCGCUCGUCUGAUUAGAGAAAAUCUUCAUGCUGCAAAGUGGAUUAACGGGAAGCCAGAACCGGAUGCUACGUAUGACAAUCGGUCCUGGUUUCUUCAAGACCAUCUCGGGGCCAUUUUCAGUAUGUGGGCAGACUCAGUCGGGUUUGAUGCAAUACUUGGCAUCGCUACGAAAGGCGGGGGUCGACAAGUUCAUGAGUCGGCCAUAUCUACGCCACAAUCAACCAUAAUCUGGAUUCGUCAUAAUGGCACCGACCAUUACGAAGGAUUAAGAUUGAUAAAUCAGGACCCUCCUCAUGAUGACCAAGAAUUCCAGAGUGCUUCUGAGAUCGACCCCGUUGGAGUAGGCCCCGUUGGAGGAGGCCCUAAUGGAGGAGGCCCCGAUAAUGGAGGCCCAGAUGGAGGAGGGCCUAAUAAUGGAGGCCCCGAUGGAGGAGGCCCUGCUAGAGGAGGCCCCAAUAAUGGAGGCCCAGAUGGAGGAGGCCCAAAUGGAGGAGGGCCUAAUAAUGGAGGCCCAAAUGGAGGAAACCCCCCUCCCGGUGGAGGACCCGAUCCUCUCCCUACAGGGGCGGCGCCGGGGAAGAGACCGUAUCAUGAGGUGGAGGACUACCAGCUACGUAUGGGGCCCGGUUGGACGGUGAAUGACGGUACGUUCGAUCAUGUGCCGGAGAACAAGAGACGCAAGAGGGAUGUGCCGUACCCGUUCUUCAUCAACCACGCCUAUCGCGCAGCGCACGGCUUGUCCACCCUGCAGCUACACCACGAUGCCCCCGUCAGCAUGUGUGCCAUGGAUAUCGCUACCGACCACACCUGGAAGUCUCUGCCACCGGAGCUGCGCCGCUGUCUACUCAUCCCUCCUCCCAACGGGCCUGGUAUCUGGGGCGACGAUGCCGAGGCCCGCGAGCUGCUGUACGCCAAGAUGGCGCUCGCGCCGUACCCGGACGCCACUAGGACCGAGUACAAAUUCUACCGGGACCUCAAGAAGAAGCCGUGGGUCAUCUGGCCCAUCUGGGUCGAGGAUCAAUGGGGCAAGGAUUACGUCCUCAUUUUCUGGUAUGCCGAGACCUCCGAGGACACCCCCGAGGACACGCCCAACGUAUACAAUCGCCUCAGUCGUUUUACCAUCAUAGACCCCCGACGCAAUCCCGUGGCCGGUGCGGAUGGGAAGCAUCAGCCCUUGAUGGCUCGUAGGAUUCGGAUCGUGAACCACCUUCGAGACUUCCUCGCCCGAGCGGGAUACGAUCGGGCGCACACCGUCGAGCACACCCAAAUCCUGAGCAUUCCCAUGGCCCAGAACGAGGCCUCGUCGGGCGAGCGCUGUUAUGCUGCCAUCAAGGUCUUGAACGAACGCCUCGUGGACUGGCUCCGCGGCGAACAGACACAGGCUCGCGCCUGGGCCGUCUUCGAGAACCUGCCGCAGUGGGUCAACCCGUACCAUCAGAGGGUUGAGAUGACCGGCAUCAACGCCUGGAUGGUGAUGGCGAGCUUUGAUUUCAACGCUCGCAUCGCCAUCGAGAAUGUUUUGCCCAACGUCCAGACCAAGCUUGCGGUGAACGGCAAGCACAGGAUAAUCGUUCCGUUUGACCUGGCUGGCACGUUUACGGAUACGUCACUCCCCCCUAUUGACCUUCUGUCGCUGCCUACACCGCCGCCUGGACCGCAGCAGCAGCCGACGCCGCCGCAGUCGCCAGGCGCAGACGGACCUUUGAGUUGGGUUGCUGGCAUCGCUGCCGCCAGCGGUAGUACCUAA